AGUUAGUUAGUUGUACCAAUUUGCCCCAGUAGGAGUUUGUACCUCGUGUUUGAAGCGUUACAUGUAAAUAUAGAUUUUAUGUGUCUUACUCUGAAAUGCCCAGCAGAGGGCGCCAUUAUUCUAAUAAGAGACCGUUAACAAAUCGCGCCAGACCAGCGUGCAGACGCUCCUUAGAAGUGUCAGAUCCGUCCUAGCGAAUCUGAAGUCGAUCCGGAUGGCACAACAGAUACAUCAGAUCCAGUCGAUCCAGUGGGACUGAGGCACCGCUGCUCUGUGGUUUCUGCUGGGCAUUUCAGCGCCAGAAGGAGGAAGAAGAGGAGAAGGAGGAAGAAGAGGGGGGGGGUUUAAAAAAAACUGCAUUCCUUUAAAAAUUGUGUUAUUAACCGGCGGAGGGAAGGAGGAGGUCGAUAAGUCGGAUCCGAUUGAUCAGGGUUGCAAAUUUUGCACGGUGAAUGUCAGCGAAGCCUCGUCUGCUCAGCGCGCUUCAUUUCUUUAAGGUGAGAGGAGCGUCAGACAGCGUGUCUGCAGGUGCCACACAAUCAGACUCAAGUGCAAGGUAGGAGAGAGCCUGUUGAUGCCACUUUUCUAAUGUUGGUUCAUCUACUGGACGGACUGUACCGCUUAUACAAAGCAGGAGAACAUUAAACCGGGGGAUCAUCCCGGUGAAUCACAUCCCUGCACUGAUCAACAAUGCUGAAAUGUGUGUUAACUCUAACACUGUGUUUGAAUGGACCCAUUACAGUCUUACUACUGUUGCAUGACUUAUGUGUGUGUGUGCGCGUAUACUGUAUGCUAGUGAUACACCCCCUCUUCCUUCUCUAGUCUAAUUCUGGCACAGAGGGCGUAUGUGCACGGCUGGAAUUACAGCGGUGGCUGCAUCUGCUGCAGUGAGGGGCUUCAACAAGUUUAUAGAGCAGCAGUGACAGCCUACAGAGGGGACAGCAAACAGGCAGCAUGGAGCUGAUGAAAAUUGCAUUGUCCCUUCCCAUUCUUCUGUGUCCCGCUUGGGCCUUAUCCCAUCACUCCUACCUGGACGACAUCCUGUCGCCUCGCUCAGCGAUGCAGAGGGACGUCCUCCCAGCCCUCAGGUUCCUGGAUGAGGCGUUGAGGUUUGACCCCUGUUGUCUCAUGUCGCCUCCUCCACCGCCGCUCUUCCCUCCUCCUCCUCGGCUUUGGAAGAGGGGCACGCCUGACACACUGAGCUUAUUGGAACCAACCGUUUUCGGAGGUGAAGGGCCGGAUAAUACGCAAUUAACCCCAGAGUGUUCACCAGGACCCCCAGGACCUCCAGGACCCCAGGGUGAAAUUGGAUUGCCUGGUAUAAGGGGACCAAAAGGGAGAAAGGGAGAAAUUGGACGUCCGGGGGCAAGGGGCCGUCCUGGCGCGCCCGGUCCUCCAGGGACACCAGGAUUUCCAGGAUUUCCUGGUCCACAAGGACCCAAAGGAGAAAAAGGAGACUCAGGACUCAUGGGUUUACCAGGGCUGCGAGGUCCGCCGGGAACAAAGGGUUUACCUGGUUACAAAGGUGACAAGGGGGACCGAGGCGACCGUGGCCCUGCAGGACCAAAAGGGGACAAGGGUUCAAUUGGUUUGCCUGGGAUGCUCGGACAGAAGGGUGAGGCGGGCCCAAAGGGAGAGCCAGGUGUUUCUGGGAAGAGAGGACCAACUGGGAGACCAGGGAAAAGAGGCAAACAGGGUAUCAAAGGGCAUUCAGGGGCCCCAGGCGUCAUGGGACCCCCAGGACCUGCAGGUCCCAAUGGCCUCCCUGGCCCACCUGGGCCUCCAGCAUCAGGUCUCUACUUGGUGGGGGAGAAAGGAGAGAAGGGCCUCCCGGGCCCGCCAGGUCACUGCGACUGUGAUACUGUAAUUGGAUCAAAUAACGCCCCCUUUGGAAACUACUACACAACGCGACGGGGCGGCAACAAACUCACUGCUAUAUUUGUGGUGAACAGCGAGGAGGAGAUGGGUCGCCUUCAUGUCGAAAACGCAAUCGUACUAAGGAAAGAUAAGCGAAUGCUUUACUAUAAGGAUAAAGACGGCUGGAGCCCCAUCCAGCCCUUUCAGCCAUUCCAGUCCACGGAGACCGUCCCAGAGAGAGGAGGUGUGUGUGGGGACGGGAAGGUGCAGAUCCAGCACGGGGAGGAGUGCGACGACGGAAACCAGAUCGUCACAGACGCUUGUCUCAAUUGUAAGUGGGCCUACUGUGGAGAUGGAUACCGACAUGAGGAUAUAGAAGAGUGCGAUGGGAAAGAUUUUGGUUACCAGACCUGCAAAUCCUAUCUCCCCGGGUCCUUCGGGCAGCUUAAAUGCACUGAGUCCUGCCUCAUUGAUUCUACCGGCUGCAAGUACUUCACCUGAAUACAGAAGGCCUCCCUGAAUGAAGAAAUUGUACUUCAGACUUCCUCUGGAGUACCAAAACUCUGAAACCAACAAGUGAUGCGCUGAAAGACGGCACUAAAGCGAAGCUGAUGUGCCUGCUCCCAGGCAUGAAAAGUCAUGGAAGAAUGUUUUUUUGUUUUUUUUUUACAUCAACUGUAGUACCCUCCACACCUUGAAGUUUGGUCUUGAGCCCAUGGAUAACAGCUCCAUGGGCUGCAGCACUGUUAGAAAAUCAUUAGAGAUGGGGAGGAAGCAUUUUAAGGAUGUAAUGAUUGCACCAUGUGAAAUACUUAAUGCUGUUUAAGACGUGCUGACUGUUAAUGCAGAAAUAAGCUAUGUGCUCUUUCCUACAAGGCGUUAGAAAAGGGUUGUAUUGUAUUGUCGUAUGCAAAUGUAAGGCGCCUGAAUGUUCUUACUCCUGUGCAAUGUAUAACAAAACACGUGUUUAUUAAUUACAAUGUUGUGAUAUUGCAUGCAAAUGUGUAUAAGUGCACAGCAGACUGCUUUAUCUGUUCAAAGCUGUAGCCAUAUUGUGUCCCCUCUAGCAGAGGAAUUUCAAACAAUCCGACAGGAAAACAUGAAUGUCCUUUAGCAAAAACAUAGUAAUAACAUACGGUUACUGAAGCAGCAUGAUGUAUGAAUGUAAGUGUACAUUUGAUAAAAUAAUAACAUCAAUAAAGACUUGAUCUUCA